AUGGCGGUCGGCGCGGGGGGGUUGUGGCAUCCCGCGGAGGUGCGGCGAGACGAGCUGAAGGCGGGCGACCACAUCUUCUCGUGGCGCAUCGGCAUCCAUCUGCAGCAGCACGACGUGCCUUUACACGAAUCCCUCCCCUCUCGUCUCGCCCACCGCUUGACUACCGCAGGAGUGUACGUGGGAGCGGACGAGGUGAUUCACUUCACUCGCCAGCAGGCAGACGAGAUCGGCUCCAACGCCCUUCUAGACUAUGCUGCUUCCAUCUCCCCCGCCCUUCAACGCACCACCACCACCACCACCACCACCGCUGCUGCUGCUGCUGAUUCUGGCCGUGCUGAUGCUGUUGGGAUUGCUGCUGCCAGACCUGGCGGUGCAGGUUCGGCGCCAUGCCGAGCCUGUGGAACAGAGGACAGCAGCCACGGCGUGAUCUCGUCGUGCCUGCGGUGCUUCCUGCACGGCGGGCGGCUGUUCAGAUUCGACUACGGCGUGUCGGUGGGGUGCUUCUGCCUGCAGAUGCGAGGCGGCACGUGCAGCAUGGCAGUUCCUGAUGCUCCGCAUGCAGUGGUGCAGAGAGCACGUCUGCUGCUGAAAGAGGGCUUUGGGCGCUACCACGUGCUGGACAACAACUGUGAGGACUUUGCCGUGUUCUGCAAGACGCGUGCACUCGUGGUGGACAAGACCCGCGUGGGCACCAGCGGCCAGUCCGCUGCGUUCUUUGGGUUCAACUUUGCCUCUGCCACCGCCGCCGUUCCCCUGCUGCUCGUCGGCCCCCUGGCUGCUGCUGCUGUGUUCGCCGGGUCGUACAGCCUGAGCCGAGUGGCGCUGGACGUGGGGGUGAGGAGGGACGUGGUGAAGGUGGAGGGGGAGGACCUGGUGGCAAGUCUCAAGGGGCAAGGAAGGGUGUGCGGGGAUGGGCCUGGAGGAAGGAGAGGGAAGGACGGGGUGGAAAUGGUGGUUGAGAGGAUGAGAGGGGGCCUAGGGAUUGCCGAGGCACGGCCAGAGGGGGUGAACAAGCCGGAGCUGCUGCCCAAGGAGUUCACCACCGUCAUCGACGUUGCAGGGUUCCUCUCCCCCGGCCAGGAGCAACGGCUGGCGAAGGACGUGGAGAGAUUGGAGCAAGACACGGGGUAUAAACUGAGGAUACUGGCGCAAAACUACCCUAACACUCCGGGGUUGGCCAUUCGGGACUACUGGGGGGUGGACGACGAGACUGUGGUGUUCGUCGCUGACCCCAACAUGGGCAACCUCCUGAACUUCAAUGUUGGCUCGACCGUGGACCUGUCGGUGCCCAGAAGCUUCUGGAGCCGGCUAGCUGGCAAGUAUGGCAACAUGUUCUACUGGCGGGAGAAGGGCGAGGAUGUGGCGAUUGAGGCUGCUGUCAUUGCCAUCGAUAACUGCCUGAGAGAGGACCCCGGGCCCCGGCAGUGCGCUGAGAUCAAGUAG